UUGUAUAUCCCUGGAUUCGCACCCUCUCUCUUUCUCUUCUCUUCUCUGUUCUCCGCAGAAGAGAGAGAAAAUCAACAUUUUCUCCACCAAUCUCUUCCUUCUUUCUUUCUAUUUCUUCAUAAAUCAAUUAUUUUCUCUCUUUGGAAAUAUUAAUUAUUAUUAUUAUUGUUAUUUUCUUUAAUAUCUAAUUCUAUAUAUAUAGGAAUCUAUCUUGAUUCAGCCGGUGUUAUUGUAGCUGAAUCUAGGCUUUGUGUUUGAUUGGACGGUGGAGAUUUUAUCUGGGAGUGAAAGAUCGAGGUAUGCAGCAAGGUGAUCAGACGGUGUUGAGCUUGAGACCUGGUGGUGGUCGAGGAAGCAGACUCUUCAAUCCACGCUUGGAUUCUUCCUCUUCUAAUUCCUCCUCCUCCUCUUCUACUAUUUCUUCUUCUAUCGCUUUUGGUGAUCUCCCUCUCUUGCGUCCUCAUGGCAGUGCUCUUCUAAAGACUGGAGACUCGCGAUUUGAGGUUCAUGACCGAGUGCGAUACACGAGAGACCAGCUGUUGUCACUUAGAGAGGCUGUUGUGAUCUCUGAUGAGAUCUUAAAAAUCAAACGAGAAAUUGAAGCUGAGCUUUUUGGUGAAGAUCAAAGCUGGAGUCGUGGAGAAAUAAAUCCACCACAUCAGCCUCAGAGUCGUUAUUCAGAGCCAGACAAUCGUGAUUGGCGUGGUCGUUCUGGACAAUUUUCUGCAUCUGGAGAGGAGAGGUCCUGGGAUUCUCUUCGAGAAAAAACAGACUUGGGUGGGCGAUAUGAGUCCAGACAGGCAGAUGCAAAUCAAUUCAAUCGUCAGGACCAACUCAACUCCCAGUUUGCAAGAGCACAAAUCUCUUCCAAUCAAUUGGGGGGUCCUGCUCCAGCUUUGGUUAAGGCUGAGGUGCCAUGGUCAGCUAGAAGGGGGAAUCUUUCUGAGAAGGAACGUGUCUUAAAGACUGUAAAAGGUAUAUUGAACAAGCUAACCCCUGAGAAGUUUGAUCUUCUCAAGGGUCAACUAAUUGACUCUGGCAUUACAUCUGCCGAUAUCCUAAAGGGUGUGAUACAGCUUAUAUUUGAGAAGGCUGUUCUGGAGCCUACAUUUUGUCCCAUGUAUGCUCAGCUGUGCUCUGACCUAAAUGAAAAGCUGCCCCCAUUUCCAUCUGAAGAGCCAGGUGGGAAAGAAAUCACAUUCAAGCGAGUUCUCCUGAAUAACUGCCAGGAAGCAUUUGAGGGUGCUGAUAAGUUGAGGGAGGAAGUUAGGCAGAUGACAGCUCCAGAACACGAGCUUGAACGCAGGGAUAAGGAAAGAUUGGCCAAGCUUCGGACCCUUGGAAAUAUCCGUUUAAUUGGGGAACUUCUGAAGCAGAAGAUGGUUCCUGAGAAGAUUGUUCAUCAUAUUGUUAAGGAGCUUUUGGGGCCUGAUACCAAAAUUUGUCCCGCCGAAGAAAAUGUUGAGGCCAUAUGUCAGUUCUUUAACACCAUUGGGAAGCAGCUUGAUGAGAAUACUAAGUCGCAACGUAUAAAUGAUAUAUACUUCCUUCGGCUGAAGGAAUUGUCAUCAAACCCUCAGCUGGCUCCACGACUAAGGUUCAUGAUUCGUGAUGUUCUUGACCUGCGGGCAAAUAAUUGGAUUCCUAGACGUGAAGAGGUCAAAGCCAAAACCAUCACUGAGAUACAUUCUGAGGCUGAGAAAAAUCUUGGAUUGCGUCCAGGUGCUGCUUCAAGUAUUAGAAAUAAUCGAGCUGUUGUUUCUGCUGCUCCAGGGAAUGCUGGCCCUGGGGGCUUUCUCAUUAACCGGCCUGGAGCAGGGGGUAUGAUGCCUGGUAUGCCUGGAACGAGGAGGAUGCCUGGGAUGCCUGGAAUUGAUAAUGAUAAUUGGGAGGUACCCAGGAACCGCUCGAUGCAGCCUUCAGGACGUGUCCAAUCACCAAUGUACAGUAAGUCGGCAUCUCUUAACACUAGGCUGUUACCUCAGGGUAGUGGUGGCUUUAUAGGUGGAAAGAGCAGUGCCCUCUUGCAGGGAAGUACUGGUCCUUCCCCUCGCCCUCACAGUUUUGGUUUGGGUAAUGAGCUUCCUGCUCAAGUCCCUGUAGUUAGUAAACCUUCUCCUGCUCCCUAUGUGCCUCCCGUUGUUGAUAAACCAGCAGGUUCAGCUGCAAGCUUAAAUCCUGAGGAACUUGGGAGGAAAACUGUGUCACUUUUGAAGGAAUAUUUCAAUGCACGGCUUCUGGAUGAAGCGUUGCAGUGUGUUGAGGAACUGAAGUCUCCAUCUUACCAUCCUGAAGUUGUAAAGGAAGCCAUUUCCCUUGCCUUAGAAGAAAACCCACCUUGUGUCGAACUAGUAGCGAAGCUUUUGGAAUAUUUGUUGGCCAAGAAGGUUCUUACAGCUAGAGACAUAGGCACUGGAUGUUUGCUCUAUGGUUCUCUGUUGGAUGAUAUUGGCAUUGAUCUGCCAAAAGCGCCUAACAACUUUGGUGAGGUUAUUGGGAAACUAGUUUUGGCAGGGGGAUUGGAUUUUAAAGUUGUGGCAGAGGUCCUUAAGAAGAUGGAAGAUGAUAGGUAUCAGAAAGCUGUAUUUGAUGCAGCAAUGAGGAUUAUUAGUUGUAGUCCAAAUGCACAAGUUCUUUUAGAUUCCCAGUCAUCUGAUAUUGAGGUGUGCAAGAGUUUGUUUUAGCAAGCAUAGCAUUCUAUUGCACGAAACUUGAGCAUCCAUGCCCACUUGAACCUUCAUGCUUUCUUUUUGCAUCAUAAUGCCCUGUCCAAAGCCUUUCGAGGCAAUCAACUUGCACUACGUGAUGGAGCUGGCAAGAACAGGUCAUCUUUUUUUCUUUUUGUCAUAUAUUUUUCCCAAAAAGUCAUAGCUGUGUGUUAUUUAGCAAAGAAAUUAAAACCAUAAUGCCAUGGAUUUUGUUCUCGAGCAUGGCUAAUUAUGUGCCUAAUUGCUUGAGAAGAGAGGUCCUUUUAAGGGAUCUAGUUGUUUUGUAUUUGAUUAGUUUUGAAAUUGUUCAUUUUGUUGACUCGAGUAAUUUAGUUUAUUGUUUAAACUGCCAAGCUCAUAAAAUCCUAAAUUUUUUGCCUUCGUGGUAGUAAAAAGAACAUUGCAUUUGG